AUGUCUGACAACCAGUACAGCCUCAAAGUCUACAUCUCCGACGAAUCCUUGACUGCACUCAAGGAAUACGGAUACAGACUUUGCAUCGCAAAGGAAGUAAACGGCAAAUACAACGUCGUGUUCCAAGGUGUAAACAAACUCCUGUUCCAGAACACGUUCCGAUUCGAAGACCGUUACCGCGUCUUUGGCACGAACUCGUUCUCAGACGGCGCGUUGGUAGAGGCAUCCACGAAGAAGAACCCAAUCUUGGGAGGUCAAGAGAUCACAUUGAGCUCCGCUGGCGUGUUCGGCCCUGCAUCUGGGCCAGUGAAUCCUGCAGCAGGAUUCACUGUUCACAACCAGUACACGGACCCCAUCCACUUCGGUGUUGACGCGCUUAUCGGCAGCGAGUACAGCUCCAUCUACGUUGCUGAGAAACCAGUUCUGUCUGGAGACGUCUUCUUGACACCCAAGAAGAAACUCUUGGUCUGGUUCGAGCAGAACCUCGAGACGGACAUGAUGAUCUCGCGCGCCAUCACCAAUUCCAUUAGGGUAAGCAGCUACCUUUCACUGUUGUGGGAUUUCAACCGUUUGACUGAGAAUGCCUCUCCGCUUUACCUUCAGCUCGACUUUACGACCACCAGUGACAUUACAAUCAACUACACGGCACCAAAAGAUGCACCUGCUAAAGGAGUCUGGUCAUAUGGACCUCUCGUGGUGCUUGGACAGACGUACCACCCAGAGACGAAUACAUUUUCUUUGACCCCGGCUAUUCUGCCGACUGCCGAGGAGCUGGUUCAGUUGACCAAGCUUUUGCAACUUGAACCUCCCUCCCAGAGCGGAGGUCGGCUUGCAAUCACGAAUGGUGAUGCUCAGGGCAAAAAUUAA